UUGCCAGACCAAAGAGGCAGUUACAAAGAGGGGAAGCCAAGAAAAUUUCAGGAACGAAGGAACAUUGGAUAUAUAGAAGGAAACAAAAUGGAUCUGAAACCACUGCUGAGGAGAGCGGGCUGGAUAGUCCGUGCCUUCUUCACUUUCCUCUUCGCCCUCUUUGUCCUCGGGGUGAUGGUGUGGGCCUACGUACAGGGUUUCCAGCUGGUGUCGUCCCAGUACGGCUUCAUCGCCUUUGGCUUCUACGGCCUCCUAAUGGGAAUCAGUGUAAUCCUCCAGAGCAUCUUUGCCUACGUGGAGCACCGGCGCAUGAGAGCCCGCAAAGCAGCCUGCACCUUCACCAAGACCAUCGGCCUCACCAUCUCCGCCUACCAGGAGGACCCGGCCUACCUCCGGGAGUGCCUCAACUCCAUCCGGGGUCUCAAUUACCCCCCGGAGCUGCUACGGAUCAUCAUGGUGGUGGAUGGAAACUCAGAGGACGACCUGUACAUGAUGGAGAUGUUCCAGGAGGUGUUUGCCGACCAGGAUCCUGGCUGCUAUGUGUGGAGCAACAACUACCACACUUGGGACCCCACCAGAGAAGGGGGUGUGGCCGGAGCAAACGGACCAGGGGGAGACGCUGGGAUGGGAGAGGACCCUCAGAGGAGGGAGGUGGAGGUCCUGAUCAACAGCAGGAGAUGUGUGUGCAUCAUGCAGAAGUGGGGCGGGAAGAGGGAGGUCAUGUACACAGCAUUCAAGGCCUUGGGAUCCUCUGUAGACUACAUACAGGUGUGUGAUUCUGACACCAAGCUGGAUACUCUGGCCACACUGGAGCUGUGCAAAGUGCUGGAGAGUGACCCCAGCUACGGUGCGGUGGGAGGAGACGUGAUGAUCCUGAACCUGAAGGACUCCUACAUCAGCUUUAUGAGCAGCCUCAGGUACUGGAUGGCCUUCAACAUCGAGAGGGCCUGCCAAUCCUUCUUCAACUGCGUCUCCUGCAUCAGCGGGCCCCUGGGACUGUACAGGAAUGACCUUCUACAGCAGUUUCUAGAGUCCUGGUACAAUCAGACGUUCCUGGGAUCUCACUGCACAUUCGGGGAUGACAGGCACCUCACCAACCGAAUGCUCAGUAUGGGCUACGCCACUAAGUACACCGCACGCUCCAAGUGCUACACGGAGACUCCUGCUGAGUUCUUACGCUGGCUCAGCCAGCAGAUACGCUGGUCCAAGUCCUACUUUCGGGAAUGGCUGUACAAUGCCAUGUGGUGGCACAAGCACCACCUCUGGAUGACCUACGAGGCCAUCGUCUCUGGCAUCUUCCCCUUCUUCGUCACGGCGACCAUCAUCCAGUUAUUCUGGACGGGCACCUUGUGGAACAUCCUCUGGGUCCUCUGCUGCAUCCAGCUGAUUGGUCUGGUGAAGGCAGCAUACGCCUGCGUGCUGCGAAAAGACCUGGUGAUGGUGUUCAUGUCCCUGUACGCCGCCCUUUACAUGACCAGCCUGCUGCCUGCCAAGUACUUUGCCAUCCUCACCAUGAACAAGAGCAGCUGGGGGACCUCCGGCAGACUCAAGAAGGCGGGGAACUACAUGCCCCUGCUCCCCCUGUCGGUGUGGGCGGCCAUCUUGUUGAGUGGGCUGUCCUUCACCAUCUACAAGGAGACCCAGAAGGACUGGAACAGUGCAGCUAAGAUUGAGGAAACCAAGUUUCUGAUAUACGGUUCUGUUGCCUACGUGUGUUACUGGCUCUUAAUGGUCAUCCUCUACUGGGUGUGGUUCCGCAGGGCCUGCCGGAAACGCUCCCAGAGUUACAAUGUCAGUGUGUAGGGGUUGUGUUCCCUGGAGGGGUGAAACAGACUUGAACACAUUUACUUGUUUGUUUUUUUAACAAUACAAUUGUAUUAGUAGUAUAAGUAUUUGUGUGUUUAAUUUAUUUACUUGCUUGCUUUGUUGGUAUUAUAAUUUAUCGGACACAUGGCUUUUAUGCAGCUGCUGUAGCAUUCACCGAAAAGAUCAGUUCCUGAUUGACAGCUACACCAUCUGUGCAUUAACAGUUUACAGUGUAGUUGUACCUUGUGCCAUGUUGCUAUGUGCUGCAGAACCAGGAGUUUUUACAGCUGUGUUAGCACAACUAAAUGAAAAUGAGCUUGAAGCCCACGUACUGUACUUCUCAUAGGCCAAUGUAAUGUUGUAAUAUUCCAAUUAAAUUGUUGAUGACUAGACCUGGAUAUCUUUUAAAAUGUUUUUUGUUUGUUUGUUUUCAAUAAGGCCAAACGUCUCUGGCCCAGCCUAAUGGCCAGGUUUCGAAUGCUUAGGCUACCAUUUCAGGACAAGUGUCAGUUGAUCACUUUUAUGAAUUGAUAAAUACAUGUUUGGAAAUGUUUUAAUUAGACCUAGUCUCAAGGUCUAGUAGCCUAGAUAGAACAGAUGAAGUUAGUUUUCUGGAAAGAAAAUAAUCCGUUAUUAAUGUUUGUGAGUUCCUGCAUAUUGAUGAAUUUGUGUGCUGUUGAUUGUGUAUUACUGUAACCUGUUGAAUUCAUGAAAACAUAAUUUGAUUCUACAAAAUAUGAAUUAAAUGUAUUCCUGCUGAAGGCCUAAUUUAUCUUAGUCAAUAGUCUAAAUCUGAUGUUUGUUUAUAUCUGAUGUUUGUAAUAAUAUGUUAAAUAUAACCAAAUCAGAAGAUAACACAUAA